UUUGAUAAGACGGAAUCGCGCGCAGUUGUUGACCGGACGGCGGCCGCAGACGUGAUGCGCGCGCGUUAAAUCGCCUUCGAACGAAACCUUUUCCGAAUUCGUCGGAUGUGCGUCUGGCAGGGGAGGAGGCGAUUAUGUACCAGGGAACGAUGAGCGGCAACCACCACGGGCACCCUUCGUACGAGGCCGGCGGCUUCCUCCACAACGCCCCCUCGGGCACGUCGCCGGUCUACGUGCCCGGCACCCGGGUGCAGGUGACGCCGAUGAUCCCCGGGCUGCCCUACCUCCAGACGCAGACGCCCGGCGCGUCGCAGCCGAGCGCGCCGGCGUCCGGCCACUCCGCCUGGUGCCAGCCGGGCGUCGAGCCCUCGUACAACCACUCCCCGGUGUCCCCGCGGUUCAGCUUCUCCGCGAGCCCGCCUCUGUCCUCCGGGGCCAAGGAGCAGGCGGCGGCGGCGGCGGCGGCGGCGGCGGCGGCGGCGGCCUCGGCCCCGUACGGCGGCCCGCUCAGCAUCUCCGCCAACGGGCGAGAGCACUUCGCCGCCCGGGGCCUCGGCGGCUCCUACCACAGCCCUUACCCGGCCUACGUGAGCAGCAACGCGGGCGCGACGUGGUGCGCGUCGCCCUUCGAGGGUCCGGUGCUCCACGGCCUGCAGGCGGGCGCUCCCGCAGGCGGCGCGCGACACUCGACGAUGGACCUGUUCGACGACUUCGCCGAGGGCCGAGAGUGCGUCAACUGCGGCGCCAUGUCCACGCCGCUGUGGAGGCGGGACGGCACGGGCCACUACCUGUGCAACGCCUGCGGGCUCUACCACAAGAUGAACGGCAUCAACAGACCCCUCAUCAAGCCCCAGAGGCGACUGUCGGCCUCCAGGAGGGUCGGCCUGUCCUGCACCAACUGUCACACCGCCACCACCACCCUGUGGCGACGAAACGCCGAAGGCGAGCCCGUCUGCAACGCCUGCGGCCUCUACAUGAAACUGCACGGGGUCCCGCGGCCCCUCGCCAUGAAAAAGGAGGGGAUCCAGACCCGCAAGCGCAAACCCAAGAAUCUGAACAAGAGCCAAACUGCGCCUCUUAGCAACGAGGGGACGCCCGUGACGACGAGCGGCGCUCCCCGGGGCCCCGCCUCCUCUUCCUCUUCCUCCUGCUCCUCUUCCUCCUCCUCGGGCGCCUCCUCCGUGUCCGAGGAGGUCCGGCAGAUCAAGACGGAACCGGAGACUCCCGGCUUGUACGCGCACGACGGCGCACACGUGCAGACGUCAUCUCUGCCCGCCUACAUGACGACUCCAGGCGGAGCCCUCGCUCUCAAGAUGCCCCCCGGCGGGGGCCACGGCGGCUCGAAGGCCGAGCCGUGGAACAACCUCAUCCUGGCUUAGACGUGCGAGGACCGCCCUGCUGGAUCGCGAGACAAAAAUGAAGGCGCGUCGAAGGGCAGCACUGCGACGAGGUUCUUCUACCCCAGGACUCUUUUGUUUGAAAAAUCAGCUUUUGACAGUGGACAUCAACGCAAGGCUGUGUGUCUAAUUCAAUACGUGACACAACAGGUCAGAGGUCAAUUUCCAGCUUAGUAUUGACACAGCGACUCAGCCAAAGUUGCACACGCGAAACAACGGUUUGUUAUGCAAUUGUCGGAAAGUCGUUUCCAGGGUGACUUGGCGAGGCUUUGUGAGUUUUCGAUACAAAAUGCCAUCGCUUUAAAAUGUUGGCAAGAUUAUCUUUAUGUCCGCCGUGUUGGUGUGUGUUCAGUUAAGACCCAAAUUAUUAAAUAACCUCCGCGAUUUAUGUUAAAGCUCAUUUGUAUGUGGAGAAAUGGCACACAGUGGCAAAACUAGACAAAAGGUUUCCUUAUUUUGUACUUUUUGACAAAAACAAGUUCCAUGUCUAAAAUGAUUUGUACCCAGGCAUAUCUUCUCAAUUUAUAGUUGAUGCUACUUUCAAACGGCGCCAAAGAUUGUUGCCUCCAAAUUGUUAGUGAAAGCAAUGAUGAAUAUUUCGAUUCAUACUUUCUUUUUUGCCGCUCGUGUCAUUCACACCCUAAAGAUAGCCAUUCAAUUUGGCCAGGGUUUAAAUACUGUCGAGUGUAACUGUACGUGCCGAGAUCCUGUUUUAGUAUUUAUUUCCAAAGGCGCAACAUAAUUAUCAUUCAGCUAUGGAAGCUCAAGAUUUCAUUGAAGGGCUUGUGUAUAAUGGUUGUACAGUAUUUGUUUUUGUGGCAAGUGUGUAAAUGUGCUAUACUAUGUGGCUGCAUGGAAUUAACCCAAAAGCGACAACUUUUAUUUACAUGUAUGUAAAGGCGCCCCACUCCAGUGUGUGUGUGUGUGUGUGUAUACACACACACACACACACACACACACAUCUAGAUGACCAUUUGGGCUAUAUUGCCGAAACCCAGUAGACUCAUUGGGAUGCACUAACGUAACACUACCUAUAAUAACGUAUUUCCUCUUUGUGGCGCGCACAGCGGGACACAAUGCAAAUGUGUUAAGUUGACAUUUGUGCUGACGUAAUAAAGGGAAAGCGACCUCGUUUAUGAUCAACAUUUCAUCUCAAUCUUGUGCUGCACCGCUUCCAAGUGCCGUCAAAACAAUAAACACGCGGCGUUUCCCUCGCUACUCACGGCCGAUUGCGACCGAGCCCUGCCGCAAAUGCAAAAUAUCAUAAAUGUGUGUUUACGAAAACUAACGUGUCUUUGUUCAACUAGCUAUCCUUGUGAUGUAUUGUGACAAAACAAAUAAAUCCUCGUUCAUCGGA